UUGAGAAGUAGUAGGUACAUGCAUGAGCAUAUGUACGCCCUUUGUUUACAUGGCAAUUAUGUGACUGACUCAUCUGAGGGAUCUUUUGAUGAGGAAAGUGAAGAUGAGAAGCCACUUAAGACUCCAAAGAAGGAUAAUGAUGUUGAGAUGAAGGAUGCUAUUGUGGUUAGUGCUGAAAAACAAACUGCUACGAAGUCUGAAAAGAAAAUGAAUCAAGCUCCUGGAUCUCGAACACUAUUUAUUGGAAACUUGUCCUGUGAUGUUGGACAGGAUGAUGUAGCUGAAUUCUUCAAGGCUGUAGGGGAAGUUGAUGUUCGUUUGGCUACAGCAGAAGAUGGAACCUUCAAGGGAUUUGGCCAUGUUGAAUUUGCUACUGAGGAAAAUGCUAAGCAGGCACUCGAAUUGAAUGGCAAUGAAUUAUUUGGUCGUGGUGUUAGACUUGAUGUGACCCGUGAAAGAGGUUCCUAUACCCCUCAGAGUGGUAAGGAUAACUACCAAAAGGGCAGCAAAGGUCAAAGUCAAACCAUAUUUGUGAAAGGCUUCGAUAGGUCACUUGAAGAGGAUCAGAUCAUGAGCUCUCUUGAGGAGCAUUUUGGCUCAUGCAGAGGGAUUACUCGUAUCUCCAUUCCCAGGAUUAUGAAACUGGAGCUCCCGAAGGUUUUGUGUCAGGAUUGCAUAAUGGGCUUCAAGGAUCAGGAAAGUUUCAACUAGGCGUAUCAGCUCAAUGGUUCUUAUCUUGGAGGAUGCACAUUAACUGUGGAAGAGGCGAAGCUGAGAGCUGAUAAUUGUGAUGGUGGCUGGAGUGGUGGCAGGGAUGGUGGAGGUAGAAGCGGCGGGAGACUUGGAGGAAGAGACAGUGCCAAAUGUGGUGGACCGUGGCAGUGGACCUGACUUUGGCAGCAGGGGCUGUGGUUGCGGUGGUACACCUUUCAGGCAGCGAAGUUCUGGGGCACCUAGUACAUGUUUGUGAACAAGUAUAAUCACUUUGGAUAAUCUCAUGCAUCUGUGCCCAGCAUUUUUGAUAAAUUCACCAUUUUGCUGGAAAGAAGACCACUUUUGGUGACGACUAGUCAAAUUUGGAAUCUUCGCUGAAGAUCAAUUUUGUCUGGUGGCCUGUGUUGGUUCAGCAACACCACCGUCACCAUUGCCAUCGAUGAUGAUUCCGUUGUGUUUGAUCCACAAGGACCUUGCAAACGUUCUAAGGUAUUGCUUUUGUCAUCGUUAUUGUUGAUUUCCAAUAAUAGCUCUUGCCUGCCAUUAUAAAUUUUCAACAAAUUUAUCAUAGAACAUUUCACAAUUGCUGGAAAUCUCAUUUUCAAACUCGUGUUCUUUCCAGAGUUCUAAACUGCCAAAAUGUUUGAAAAAAUAAACAUUAUAAAGCUAUAACUGCAUCUCUGUAACAUCACAUAUGCAAAUCCUUCCAUUGUAAAAUAUAGUGAUGUUGUCAUCGUCCUCUUGCUUCAACUCUGGAGCUUUCCCUCUUCUCAGAGAUCAGAGGAUGGUACUCCUCACAUAACUUCAUAUUUCUAUAGUCAAGCUUUUAGUAACAGCGUCUGUUCUAGUUCUAGAACUGCUACAUGUUACUAGUGUUGCAAAUAAUAAACAUCUCAACGAUGUAAGUUUCCGACAUCAAGAAGUCAUUUCUAAAAGCUAUAACAUUUCUGAAAGUUUACGUUUGUAAUCUAUCUGACUAACUCGAGAGAUACUCUCACUUUGAUCUUGUAUGCA